ACCAAGUCCUCACGCUCCUCAUCAUCCUCAUCCUCCUUCGUCCACGCGCCCACAACAACAACCCUCGUCUGGCUCGCCAUCUCCCUCCCCCUCGUCGUCUGGGACACGGGCUACGUCCUCCUCCGCCCCCACUCCAUGCCCGGCGGCUCCCUCCACUACCCCCUCUGGGCCCCCUACAAGCUCUACGGCGAGGUCGACCACAUCUACGGCUGGAAGGCCUUCCGCGCCGGCAACGGCUUCACCAGCGCCCAGGGCCUGCUCAACGCCGUCGAGACCCUGCUCUACCUCUGGUACGUCGGCGCCUGGUACUUUGCCGGGAAGCGCUCCUCCUCGGCGGCUGGUUACAAGGUCGUCGGCGGGAGGACCGGUGCCAGGGCCACGCUCGUGGGCUUCAGCGCUGCCGUCAUGACGCUCAGCAAGACGAUUCUGUAUUGGGCAAACGAGUACUACAGUGGCUUCGACAACAUCGGCCACAACACCCUCGAGGACCUCAUCCUGCUCUGGAUCAUUCCCAACGGCGCCUGGCUCGUCGGCUCGGCCUACAUGAUCUGGUCCAUCGGCGGCGACCUCGUC